AUGCUUGGCCAGUGGAUUUUCAGUGGAAACCAGAGAACUAAGUAUUCUGCCUGCAACUGCACAGAUGGCAUCCAGAUAUGUCCACAAACGAACUACACUCCCCCUCACAGAAGGACCUUCUCCACACGGACACUUUAUAACCUUACAGGGCACAAUGUGGAGACCUACAUUCUGGCAACUACCAAAGACUUCCUGCAAAAACGGUAUGGUGGCUGGAGCUUCGGGUUGCCUUUGACAGCAGAUCUACGGUUCGAUAUCAGGCCAGUGCCCCCCAACAGAACAUUGACUAAGGUGUGGUAUAAUCCCGAAGGUUAUCACAGCCUUCCAGCCUAUCUCAACAGCUUGAACAACUUCAUUCUUCGAGCUAACUUGCCAAAAAAUGAGACUUCCAGAUAUGGUAUUUUCUUAUCAGCUCACCCAUAUCCUGGAGGACAGAGUCAAGAACAAGUAAUGCUCAACAGCUUACUCGACAUCAUAGUUUCAAUGUCUGUUUUGGUUGGCUAUUCUAUCACAACAUCAAGCUUUGUGCUCUAUGUGGUGAAAGAACAUCAAACUAAAGCCAAACAACUGCAGCAUAUUUCAGGCAUUGGAAUGACAAGCUAUUGGGUGACUAACUUCGUUUAUGAUCUGGUACUUUUUAUGGUCCCUAUUGGACUCUCAAUAGCAGUUAUUUCAUCCUUCCAGAUACCAGCUUUCUGCAACAACAAUAAUUUACUAGCAGUAUUUCUUCUGCUGUUACUGUUUGGAUAUGCAACAUUUUCAUGGAUGUACCUGCUGGCUGGGUUUUUCAAAGAAACAGGAAUGGCCUUCAUUGUUUAUGUCUGCGUCAACUUGUUCUUUGGCAUCAAUACCAUCAUUACUCACUCGGUUGUAUUUCUGCUUUCCCAGGAAAAGGCUACAGACCAGGGCUUGCAUGAUCUCGCUGAAAACUUAAGGCAUGUGUUCCUUCUGUUCCCACAAUUUUGCUUUGGCUAUGGCUUGAUUGAACUGUCACAGGAUCAGGCACUGUUGGGCUUCUUAAAAGCCUAUGGAGUGGACUACCCUGACAAAACCUUUGAGCUGGACAAGACCACAUCCAAGUUGUUUGCCAUGUUUAUCCAGGGCACUGUGUUUUUUGCCAUUCGUCUUACAGUUCACGACAGGAUGAUUCAGAGAGUCUGGAACAACAUUCUAGAGUUCCUGUUUGACAGAGUGCACGGCAAAGCAUUGCUUCUGCCACCUGCGGCUGAAGAGGAUGGGGACGUCCAGGCAGAGAGGAACCGGGUGGAGUCUGGCAAAGCAGACUUUGAUGUGGUGCAGCUCCAGAAUCUCACGAAGAUCUACCACCUUCCUCACAAACGCAUCGUGGCUUGCUUUGGCUUGCUUGGUGUGAAUGGAGCUGGAAAGACGACCAUCUUUAAGAUGCUGACAGGCGAUAUCGGAGCAUCCAGUGGAAGGUUGCGGGUCCAGGAUCAUUCUGGGUCCUUGAAUGACAUCAGUGCGGCACACUGGUCACUCUUUGGCUACUGUCCUCAAGAAGAUGCCUUGGAUGACUUGCUGACAGUGGAAGAGCACAUGUAUUACUAUGCUAGGCUCCAUGGCAUCCCAGAGAGAGAGAUCAAAGGAGUUGUACUCCAGCUUCUCCACCGGCUGAAUCUGAUGGCCUACAAAGACAGAGUCACCUCUAUGUGCAGUUAUGGCACCAACAGAAAAUUGUCGACUGCUCUGGCUCUCAUUGGGAAUCCAUCAAUUCUGCUGCUGGAUGAACCGAGCUCUGGAAUGGAUCCAAAUGCUAAACGCCACCUUUGGAAAAUCAUCAGUGAGGAAGUGCAGAACAAAUGCUCGGUGAUACUCACAUCCCACAGCAUGGAAGAAUGUGAAGCCCUCUGUACCAGGCUGGCUAUUAUGGUGAAUGGGAGUUUUCAGUGUAUUGGCUCUUUGCAGCAUAUCAAGAGCAGGUUUGGAAGAGGAUUCACUGUGAAGAUGCACUUAAAUAGCAACACAGUUAACACUGAGAUGCUGACAGAGUUCAUGAAGUCACACUUUCCAAAUACAUGCCUGAAGGAUCAGCAUUUCAGCAUGGUGGAGUAUCACGUUCCGGUCUCUGCAGGAGGGGUAGCAAAUAUAUUCGAUCUCCUGGAAGCCAGCAAAGCAGCCUUCAAUAUCAGGCACUUCUCAGUGAGUCAAACAACGUUAGAGGAGGUUUUCAUCAACUUUGCUAAAGAUCAAGCAGAUCCUGACGGCGCGGAUGGAGGUCCUGAUGUGACGCUGGACAGCUCUGACACAAGUAGCCAAGUUAGCACCAUAAGCUCCAUCUAUUGA